AUCGCAGCGUCGAUUGACGCGCCUGCUUGUGAAAUUGCGAGCCGAAGAAAAUCUGAGGAUGAGCACCUGGAAUCCGGAGAACGAUGUGGAUCUGCUGUCCGGCUCCGAGGAUGAGGAGGAAGUGGCCAUGAAGCGGGACUACCACGGGCGGGAGGCACUACUCUUCGUGGUGGACGCGAAUCUGCAGAGUGCCGGCGUGGAGCGCCUUAUGGAGGCACUGAACAUCAUUCGGACAGCCUUUAUAUCCGGAAUUCUGGUGAACGACAAGGACCUGAUCGGACUUAUCUUCGCCAACACGAAGCACAGUCCCCCGCCGCUGGAAUCUAGCGCCUUGGACAGCAUUGUGAUGCCAGAUAAUUGUGCUGUGUUCCUGCCCCUGCGACAGCUUACCAAGCCCAUUGUGGAGCACUACCUGGAGUUUAUGGGCGGGGUGGAGACGCAGUUCGGCGAGAUGUAUGGCUUGGCUGAGCCCGAUGGACGCGGGAGAUUCGAUCUAAUGAUCCGUCUUUGCAUUGAACUCCUGGAGAAGUGCGGCAAAAAGCUGAACAAUGCCAAGAUCGUUUAUUUAACGGAUGUGAGUACGCCGCAUCCCUCGUCCAGCAAUCACUUCCAGGCUGCCCUGCAGAAGGCCAGCGAUCUGGAGGGCAAGGAGUUCGAGUUCCAUGUUAUUCCAAUGGUGGAUGACUUCGACUACGAGCCGUUCUACAAGGAGUUCAUUACGCUCUCAAGGGCCAUCGAACUGGACGCCUUCCAAGUGCCAGAUGCCCAGAUGCUCCGCGAGAUCUUGGCCGAUCGCAAACUGAAGCAGGAUUUCCUGCGUCGCUGCCUUGGCCACUUCAGCUUCUAUCUGGGCCCCAAUCUGUCCAUGUCCGUGCAGUACUACAACUACUUUCAGCGACGCGCCUAUCCGCGCAAGGUCCAGAUCCUGCGAAGGGACAACAGCGUAGUGCGCAGUAAGCGGGUGAUAAUGGUGCAAAAGAAGGACGAGGAAUCACAGGAAAUUCUCCACGAGUACCAAAUCAAGACGACGGGCGGAUGGUAUAGUUGCAACGUGGGCGGAAAGAACCUACGCAUCAGCAUGGAUCAGUUAAACAGGGUGCGCGACUUGCACAAGCCGCGAAUGAUGCUGUUGGGGUUCAAGCAUCGCUCUUCCCUGCCGGAAGUAACCUACAGCAAGCCCUCGAACUUCAUGUAUCCGGACGACCAGAGCAUCAUCGGGUCAAAGCGUCUGUUCCGGGCGUUGUGGGAGCGCUGUUUGGCCCGCGAGAAGAUAGCUAUCUGUCUGUUUAUGUGCAAGCGCAAGUCCAUUCCCCGCUACGUGGCUCUAGUGCCUGUGGAAGCCCCGGAUAAGGAUGAGGAGAAGGGCUACCGCUCGCUGCUCUGUGGCGACGGGUUCAAGAUCGUCUACCUGCCGGAGUCAAAGCACAUCCGUCACAUCGACAUGUUUGACUGGAACAAUACAGCGAACACGGCCAGCGACGAGGGCGUCGAGUUUUUCCAGAAAAUCAUUAAGAAGCUCCGCGUUGACUACCAGCCCAAUUUGAUCAACGACCCAAGUCUGGACACGCUGCAGGCGAAUCUGCUGGCUCUCUCCCUGGACUUCACGUCGGAUAGCAAGGGCAUCGAAAAUCUGCUGGACAGCACGCAACAGGAUAAGCGCAUCGAGAAGUUCUUGCCCGAUUAUGAGAAAAUCUUCGUUGAAGAGGUGGAACCAGCCAAAAAGCGAGCGGCCAAAUCCGACACAACAGGAGCAAGUGCCCCAAAAGUAGCCAAGAUAGAUGAAGAGCAGCUUAAGAGAUUUGAGUUUGUUCAGGGUCUGAUCAAGGAUCAGCGCUUGAUCAGCUGCACGGCCACGCAACUUCAGUUUAUUUUGGCCCAUCACUUCGAUUGUAGGAUGGUGAAGUCCGCAACCAAGGCGAAAAUGGUAGCGCAAAUCGAGGAACUGAGUAUUUGAAUGGGGUAUUGCAUACCAUGGGGAAAAGUGAUAUGAAUGUAAUAAUUCAAAGUAUACACAUAUACUUAAAACAUAAUUGCUAAUAUUUAAGAUCGUUUUGUUUACAAGUUUAAGUUUGCGAAUUUUCUGAUUGAUUUGCGCUUAAUGUUAGUUCGGCACCCGUUUUAGCCCUCGAUAUACAAAAUAAAGUGGAGUCAUAAUUCAUAAUUUAA